GCUCCGCUUUCGAGUUACCUACCACGGCCGAAAACCGCCUCCGAUCGCUUCCCAUGGCUUCCAGCGAACCAAUGCGCCUCCGACCCAGCGUCCGCAUUCCUCUUCUUUGGUCCUACUCCGACGACGUCGUGUCGCUCCAGAGGUUCCUGCCCUGCAACGGCAGCGGCUGUGCAGAUUCGUGCGGCGCCGACCAGUUUCGGAUGUACGAGUUCAAGGUGCGGCGGUGCGGCCGAGGGCGGGCGCACGACUGGACGGAGUGUCCGUUCGCGCACCCGGGAGAGAAGGCGCGGCGGCGCGACCCGCGGCGGUACCACUACUCCGGCGCGCCCUGCCCCGACUUCCGCCGCGGCGGCGGGUGCCGCCGCGGCGACGCCUGCGACCUCGCCCACGGGGUGUUCGAGACGUGGCUCCACCCGGCGCGCUACCGGACGCAAGCGUGCAAGGACGGCGCCGCCUGCCGUCGGCGGGUGUGCUUCUUCGCUCAUUCCCCUGACCAGCUGCGCAUCGUUCUCACGCCGGGAAAGGGGAGCGCGUCCCCGAAGUCGACGCUGGUGUCCCCUCUGUCGGAGCUGGCGUCGGGGAUGAGCAAGCUGAAGCUGAGCAAGGCGAAGUCGUUGCCGCCGUCGAGAGGGAGAGGAGACGCCACGUUUGCGGCGGCGCAGCAGUGGGAAGCUCCAGCAGGGCGGUGGCGGCAGAGCUUUAAUAUUCUCGACGAAUGGAAGCAGCAGGAGGAUGAAGCGUCGGCGUCGGCCGCGUCGCUGCCGGACUUGGGGUGGGUGUCAGAGUUGGUGAAGGAUUAAAAAUCCACAACCUUCGACAUUUUUUAAAAAAUCUUGUCAUUAAAUAAAUCUAUUUUUCCCCGUCACUACAUUUCGAAGAUUUUUUUCCCCCAAGUAUUUUUAAUUAUCCCUUUAUUCCCCCAUUAAUGUAUAAUCAGUUAUGUAUCUGAAUUUAAGAGUAAUCAUUCACAUUUGA